CUCGUGCGCCAGGUGGUGAACCUCUUCCGUGCGGAGCCGCCUGUACAGUCCUCUACACUCAAUCUGGCCUUGGCAGCCAUCCGACAAGAGUGGAUAGACCGAGCUCGCUUUUUCUACUCCUUUAAACGCUGCCAGGGCCCUACUCUUGUGAACGAUGACGCGGCGAAGAGGUGCGCAAGCGUCCUUGCAGCUCUGCAGUGUUCGGCUCCGGAAGACGAACUUAUCGUCCGUUUCUGGCAGAAGGGCCUCAGUCAUAAAACUCGCCAGAAUGUCUGUCACCCCCAUCGCUCCGUGCACUCUUCGCGCCGAGCUUCGUGCUCCAGCGGCACCAUGGGGACCAGUGAUAUUUCCUUCGCCAUUAACGCCCUGGAUACGCUUCACUUCUGA